AUGUUUUACCGCGAGCAGACAACAACAGAAGGCGCACCAGUUGUGCUGCUCCUUCAUGGGUUUUCGUCAUCGUCACAUCAGUUUCGGAAUUUGAUCCCCCUUCUAGCCGUCAAGUACCGUGUGAUCGCCCCUGAUCUGCCAGGGUUUGGCUUCACCGAGGCGCCAUCUACCUUCGCUUACACUUUCGACAACUUGGCAGCUGCAGUCGCAGCAAUCCUGGAUGAGCUUUGCAUUUCCAAAUUUACCAUGUACAUUUUCGAUUAUGCCAUCAUUACACAGAACGGCAAUGCCUACGUGGAAGGCUUCGGCGAUGUCUGGGGUCCAAUCCAAGAGCUAUGGGCUAGCAAGAACACCUCAGAAGACAGACUGAAAGUCGAGAAGGCGAUGCUGACAUUUGAAACCACCAAAUUCCAGUAUGAGAAUGGUACACCAGAUGUAAACCGGAUUGCACCGGAAUCAUACUAUCUCGACUUUGCGCUCUUGGAGCGCCCCGGAAAUAAAGAGAUCCAGUUGGAUCUCUUCAUGGACUACCGACAUAAUAUUUCUCAGUAUGACGACUUUCAUCAAUAUUUCCGAGUAUCUCAGGUCCCACUUCUCGCAGCCUGGGGCAAGAACGAUGUCUUUUAUUCCCUCCCGGCGCAGAGGCGUACAAGAUUGACCUACCAAAGGCUGAAAUAA